AUGCAGGGCGUGGCGGCGUGCACUGUCUGGGGCCCGACUUGCGACGGCAUCGACUGCGUCAUCGCCGACGCGCACCUCCCGGAGCUCGAGGCUAAAAAGAAAGAAAGAAAAACAGACAACCCAAGGGAGGGAUGGGAGGACGGCACGCCGCCACCACACAGGGAUUUUAAGGAGAGGGUCGUCGGAUUCCAGAUGGGCCGCCACCGCUCGACGCUCCGCGACCUCGGCUGGUCCGCUGGCAACUCGCCAAACCCGUGGAAGCAUGGGAGCGCCAAACGAGUCGUGCGCGCGCUCGACUACGGCAGCAUCGAGGUGGAUGCGUAUGCUCACUCGGCUCCCGACGACGCGCGGGGCCGCCUGCUCGACCGGAUCUUCGAGCAGGAGUCGGACGGCGCAGGGCGCCAGCCGCCGCCGCUUGAACGUGAGGGCCAGCGCGGCUCGGUGUCACAGCAGCAGCUGCUCGACUCGCAGCUGCGUGACGGGAUGCGAGGAGAGCAAGGCCACCUGCGGCUCCAAGCCGCGGUGCAGCGCACCAAGCUCGCGGACCCAGCCACGCGGGCCACGGCAGCCGAGGCGAGGCUCGGUGCGGCG